AUGGGGGACACGGAAAGCCACUAUGCUGAACCAGAUUACACAGAAAGCUACGAAACUGAACCAGAUUACAUCGAAAAUGCCUCAAAUUCAAAUCAAGAAGGUGAAUUUGCUCGAGGAUUUAAGAACGACACCAUUCGGAAAGCAUUCAUCAGAAAGGUGUUCACCUUGCUAACAAUUCAGAUACUCAUCACCUUUACUGUAGUGUGUGUGUGCACCUUCUCCGACACAGUCAAGAAGAUGAUUCAGGAACAUGAAUGGGUGCACAUUAGUUCCUACAUCGUCGUUGGAGCAGUGGACACAUUCCUUGCCACGUUAUACAAAUAUAUCCACAAGUUUCCCUUGAACCUGCUGGGACUGUUAAUGGUCACCCUGAGUCUGUCUUACAUGAUGGGGACUUUAGCUUCAUAUCUCAACAAAAAUGAAGUUGUCAUUGCUUUAGGAUCAACUCUGCUCAUCUCAUUUUCCAUCGUCAUUUUCUGUGCCCAGGGCUGA